AUGUCAUCAAGUAUGCAGCAGGCGGUUGUCCUCCGCGAGAAGGGGGCUAUAGUGUAUGAACACAGGCCCGUCCCAGUUAUCGAAGACCCUCACUACGUCAAGGUAAAGAUCGAAAAGACGGGCAUUUGCGGCUCUGACGUCCACUACUACCUUCAUGGCUCAAUUGGCCCAUUUGUCGUCCGCAGUCCCAUGGUUCUCGGACACGAGUCAAGCGGGACUGUAGUGGAGGUCGGCAGCGACGUCACGAGGGUUCGCAUCGGCGACAGAGUGGCCAUCGAACCUGGUGUUCCCAGCCGGUACUCAGAGGAGACCAAAAGUGGUCACUACAACCUGUGUCGCGAGAUGCGUUUUGCCGCGACGCCCCCCUACGACGGGACUCUGGUCAAAUAUUACAUCUCUCCUGAGGACUUCCUAGUCAAGCUCCCGGACAGCGUCAGCCUCGAGGAGGGCGCCCUGUGCGAACCGCUCGCCGUCGCGGUGCAUGCCAAUAGGCUUGCAGGGACGCAGUUCCCCAGCCGCGUCGUGGUCUUCGGCGCUGGCCCUGUCGGUCUCCUGACUGCCAGCGUCGCCAAGGCAUUCGGCGCCACCACUGUCGCCAUCGUGGAUAUCAGCAAGCACAAGCUCUGCGUGGCUCCAGCUCUCGGCGUGACCCACCCCGUUGACUCCUCCGACUGCUCGAGCCCCGAGGCUCUCGCCAACAAGCUCCGCGCAGAACUGCGCUCUGACGUAGACAUCGCCUUCGACUGUUCCGGCGCCGAGAUCUGCAUCGCGGCAGCCGUGCUCAUCUGCAGGCCCGGCGGCACCCACGUCCAGGUGGGCUCGAGCCGCGACUACGUCAGCUUCCCGCUGGCAGAGGCCACCGUAAAGCAGUUGCGUAUCUUGGGGUCCUUCCGCUAUGCAGCCGGCGACUAUGCCACCGCAGUCGAGCUGCUCGCCUCCAAGCGGGUCGACGCGGCCAGGCUUGUGACUCACCGUUUCCCUUUCGACCGCGCGGUUGAGGCCUACAAAUUCAACGCGACUGCCGAUGAACAUAUCAUCAAGACCAUCAUCGAAGGUCCCUAG